ACACUCAUCCACAUUCUUACUUCCUUUUUAUUCUCUACUGUCAUGGCUAUGCUUCAAUCAUCCAUCUCUUCCUCCUCUUCCUUCUCCUAUGGAUUCACCUAUCACGUGUUCCUUAGCUUUAGAGGUUGUGACACUCGCUAUGGUUUUACUGGAAAUCUCUACAGAGCUCUUUGUGACAAGGGAAUCCGCACCUUCAUCGAUGACAGAGAGCUUCAAGGAGGUGACGAAAUAACACCAUCACUUUUCAAGGCCAUUAAAGAGUCUAGGAUUUUCAUUCCCGUCUUGUCUAUCAACUAUGCUUCUUCUUCAUUUUGCUUGAACGAACUUGUCCACAUCAUUCACUGCUUCGAGGAAUAUGGGCGCCUAGUUUUGCCAAUUUUCUAUGACGUGGAACCUUCUCACGUGCGACAUCAAGAUGGAAGUUAUGGUAAAGCACUUGCCGAGCAUAUUGAGAGGUUCCAAAAUAGCAAGGAUAGCAUAGAGAGGUUGCAGAAAUGGAAGACAGCUCUUACUCAGACUGCUAACUUCUCUGGCCACCAUUUCAAUACUAGGAAUGGAUAUGAAUGCGAGUUUAUUGAGAAGAUAGUCAAAUAUGUAUCUAACAAGAUCAAUCAUGUUCCUUUAUAUGUUGCCGAUUACCCUGUUGGUAUCGAAUCUAGGGUCCUAAAAGUAAAUUCACUUCUGGAUGUUAGAUCUAAUGGUGAAGUUCAGAUGCUAGGGAUCUACGGAAUUGGAGGAAUGGGAAAGACAACACUUGCUAGAGCAGUUUUUAAUUCCAUAGCCGAUCAAUUUGAUGAUUUGUGUUUUCUUCACGACGUAAGGGAAAAUUCAGCUAAAUAUGGUUUAGAGCAUCUGCAGGGAAAACUUCUUUCCAAAUUAGUUGAAUUGGACAUUAAGUUAGUAGAUGUCAACGAGGGAAUUCCAAUCAUAAAGCAAAGGCUUCACCGAAAGAAGGUUUUGUUGAUUCUCGAUGAUGUUCACGAGCUGAAGCAAUUACAGGUUUUGGCUGGAGGACUUGAUUGGUUUGGUCCUGGUAGUAAAGUGAUCAUUACCACUCGAGACGAACAAUUGCUAGCAGGUCAUGGGAUUGAAAGAGCAUAUGAAAUAGAUAAGUUAAAUGAGAAAGAAGCUCUUGAAUUGUUGAGGUGGAAUGCUUUCAAAAAUAACAAAGUCAAUCCAAAUUUCGACAACGUUUUACACCUUGCAGUAACUUAUGCUUCAGGCCUUCCAUUGGCCUUAGAAGUAGUGGGUUCGAACUUGUUUGGAAAGAAUAUAGGAGAAUGGAAAUCUGCAUUAAAUCAGUAUGAAAGGAUUCCCAUUAAAAAGAUCCAAGAGAUACUUAAAGUAAGCUUUGAUGCUUUGGAGGAAGAUGAGAAGAAUGUUUUUCUCGACAUUUCUUGUUUCUUAGAAGGAUGUGAUUUAAAAGAAGUUGAAGAUAUACUUCAUGCUCAUUAUGGUAGCUGCAUGAAACAUCAAAUUAGAGUGUUGCAUGAAAAAUCUCUCAUAAAGAUCAAAUGGUACCAGGGGAAUUAUGUUGUGACGUUACAUGCCUUGAUAGAGAAAAUGGGUAAAGAAAUUGUCCGCAAAGAGUCUCCAAAAGAGCCUGGAAGACGUAGUAGGUUAUGGUUCCAUAAAGAUAUAAUUUAUGUCUUAGAAGAAAAUAAGGGAUCAAGUGAAAUUGAAAUUAUAUAUUUGGAAUUCCCGUUAUGUGAGAAAGAGGUGGUAGAUUGGAAGGGAGAUGAACUCAAGAAGAUGCAAAACCUCAAAACACUUAUUGUUAAGAAUGGUAGCUUUUCCAAAGGUCCUAAACAUCUUCCUAACAGUUUGAGAGUAUUGGAAUGGCGUAAAUAUCCUUCACGGUUCGUACCAUCUGAUAUUUUCCCGAAGAAACUUUCUAUAUGCAAACUACAGCAAAGUGACUUUACAUCAUUCGAGUUGCGUGGGACAAUCAAGAGGUUUGUGAAUAUGAGAGAGUUAAAUCUAGACAAAUGUCAAUAUUUAACACGGAUACAUGACAUCUCCGAUCUCCCAAAUUUAGAAAUAUUUUCAUUUAAAAAUUGUAAGAAUUUAAUUGAAAUUCACAAAUCUGUCGGGUUCCUAAAUAAACUUGAAAUCUUGAACGCGGAAGGUUGCAGCAAGCUCACGAGUUUCCCACCUCUGAAGUCGACCUCUCUUCAAGAACUGAGGCUUUCAUAUUGUGAGAGUCUUAAGACUUUUCCAGAAAUAUUAGGAGAGAUGAAGAAUAUAACACGUAUUCGUUUGUUUGACACUUCCAUCGAAAAACUGCCUGUUUCAUUUCAAAAACUCACGGGGCUUCUUAACUUAAUUAUAAUAGGAAAUGGAAUGCUUAGAUUGCCAAGUAGUAUUUUUAGGAUGCCAGCUCUGUCAAAAAUAAAUUUUGAGGAUUGUCUACUUCCAAAGAAAAAUGAUAAAUUGAGUUCCAUGGUGUUUACAAGCCGAGCAGUAGACAUCGAAUACAUUGAAUUGAUAAAAUGCAACUUAUCAGAUAAAUUUCUUCCAAUACUUGUCAUGUGGUCUGCUAAUGUGAAAACUUUAGACCUAUCAGGAAAUAAUUUCACAAUUCUUCCGGAAUGCAUGAAAGAUUGUCGCUUUUUGUGGUUUCUUAAAUUGGAUGAUUGCAAGUGCCUUCGAGAAAUUAGAGGGAUUCCACCAAAUGUAAAACACUUGUCUGCAAUACGCUGCAAAUCAUUGACUUCCUCGUGCAAACACAUGCUAUUGAAUCAGGAUAUGCAUGAGGCUGGACAAACCAUGUUUUGUUUGCCGGGAUUUGCAAGGAUUCCAGAGUGGUUUGAGCACCAAAACAUGGGACAUACGAUUUCUUUUUGGUUUCGUAACAAGCUCCCUUCCACGGCUCUCUUUUUUUCUACUAAAUCAGUUGCUACAUCCAGGACUAAUAAUUUUGAUAUUGAUAUACCCACUCUAAUCAUCAACGACAAUAUAAAUGGUUUUCCAGUUCUGAUGAUUGAUUUUGGUCUAAUGUCGACUCAUCAUAUAUAUUUGUGUGAUAUGAAACUGGGAUUUACUCAAAUCCACAGCAUGGAGAAAAUAAUUUUAGAAAAUGAAUGGAUCCAUGCAGAGGUUACAUGUGAACAUCCGAAGGUGGAACCACUAACAGAAAUUGGAAUCCAUUUUUUCAAACAGAAAAAUAACAUGGAUGAUAUUCAAUUCACCAAUCCUUAUGAAAAGAUAAAAUUAAAUGAUAAUGAUGAUGAUGGUGAUGAUGUUUUUUAUGAAGUUGACGAUGUUCUAGAUGAUGAUAAUGAUGGUGUCUUUUAUGAUGUUGAUGAUGAAGACGACCACCAUUCACAAUAGUUCAGGCCAAUCACAAGACCACCCAUUGGUGCAAAAGCAUAGAUAAAUUUGUGAAUGAUGAAUUCAACGACCACGGUGUCAACACUCAUAUUAUAAAUAUGUAAUUUUAAUUCUGUGUGCUUAUUUAUUAAGCAUAGAUAGAAAUUCAGUUUGCACUUGUUGUAAGUUCUGUAACGGUGAUUGCAUAGAAAUAGCUAUAUAAUACUGGAGAUUGGAGAUUUUACUAUGAAGUUAGGACCUUUCUACCAUUUUGGA